AUGAGAAAAGACUCUGAGUUGGACUUCAUGAAUGGAGAUUGUGAACCUAAUGAGAGUCGUGUUUCCACUAGACAAGCUUGUCUGGAGGAUGAUGAGAUGUCAAGCAGUGACAGUACCAAGCUGACUCUGAACUCUUCAGAGGCGAGUCAGAGAACCAUGUCUGAGCUGGACCUCCAGCCCGAGGAUCAAGAUGAAGAACUGGAAAUGUCCCUGAACAAUCAAGGCAGCUCUCUGGUGCAGCUCUACCCCAGCAUGAUCGCUCAAAUAGAGAGGGCUUGGCAACGGCAGCAUGUCUACGAGGCUGGCGACUCGGUGCUCAGAAGGUACCGCAAGUGGCGACGGACGCCGAGCAGAAUCAACUUAAACAUCACCUUCGAGGUCACACAGAGGGGUGCCAAAAACAAGCCAAAAAAAAAGAGCAGCGAGACCAUUCUCGAGGAGACUUUCCACAGCCCUCCGAAAAGGCAAUUCCCAGGAACGUCCAACAGAGCUCCUGAAACAUCUCCGCUGCGUAAAGUAACCAGCCCGCAGGAGAGGUACACACUGCUGCAGUCUCCUGGGAGGGACAGAGGAACCCCGAGAAGAAAGACGCCCCAGCCUGUCCUCGUUAUGGACUUCUCUUGCGCCUCUGAGACUUCGGAAUCAGAAAGGAGCUUGCUGAAAAAUACCUUCAAUGUGGCGCAGCUCUCCCCUCCUUCCUACUCACAGUCCUCGUCUUACACCGUCAGUCCACGACCUCACUGCCCCUCUGCAUCCUCAGACCCGUCGCUUAGGUUUAAGCGGCUUCCUCUGUCUGCACACUCAGCGCAGAAUGCUGGCUGCUCCAGAUAUGAAACAAUCUGUGUUAAAGAGGGGUCUGACAUUUAUGGCUCCCCAGUCAGGCAGAGCCCCUUAAAAGCAAGGAUGAUGAUGACCAGCGAAGGCCUUGGUAGAUCACCUCCAACUCAUGCCUUUUCCAGAAGCCCCAAAUCAGAUUCUGUAAGCUAUUCCAGAGAGCCUAUGAGGUCCAGAUCGAUGGCAAUGUUUCUUUCCUCCCCUUCAAAAAAAACUAAUAUGCCACUAUGGAUGAUUCACCCUCAAGAGUCCCAUCAUUCCUUCCAGUCACAACAGCACUCCCCUCCAACUCAUGCCUUUUCCAGAAGCCCCAAAUCAGAUUCUGUAAGCUAUUCCAGAGAGCAUGCGAGGUCCAGAUCAAUCGCAAUGUGUCUGACCUCCCCUUUAAAGAAGCCUGGUAUGCCACGAAGUAUGAUUCACCCUCAAGAGUCCCAUCAUUCCUUCAAGUCACAGCAGCACUCGCCUCUUUCAGUCACAGCAGCAGGUCGUCACAAGGUCCGCCGGCACCUGUCCUUAGGCUCCACCCUGCCACAGAGCCCCAUCUCUUACUCCCAGAAAGAGCUCGACGACGACUUCGCUAAAGUCUACCACAAGUUUGUCUGCCUGAACAAAUCUUCCCUCUUUCGCGGUGCCUCCUGUCGAUUGUGCACAAGAAGCUCUGAGACCAGCAGAGGACACUCUUCCUCGGCUCUGGCAGCACUUGCUCUGUCGCCCCACCGCUCCGUUUUAAGGAAACGCCACAGGGAGUUAGACUGGGACAGCCACCCCCAGUCCAAACGCUUCAGGGAGAUGCACUGCACAUACUCCCCAGGGUCCAAACGCCAUGGCAAAGAGAUGCUGACCCAGUUCACCCAGCAGCCCUCAGCAGAGGCACGUCAGUUUGCCUGGAUCCCUCUGCGCUUGCGUAGACGUGCAGCUGAAUUUUCUGGCCUGGGAGGUUCACUUGAGAGCAAAUGGCAGCUGGCUACUUCAGAAGAAAAUGGUGGUGAACACAACAGGAAAUACAUCAAUUAUGGAAAAGCCUUCUCCAAAAGGUCCCUCAAUAAGUACUGGUGUGGAAAAUAAUUAUCAUGUAACAGAUGUCAGUAGGAUGUUUUGAGUCUGAGUAAUAGUGACAAGUGGAUAGUGAAGUCCACACAAUAACCAAACCAUGAAUAUAUUACU